GGCACGCCCUUCCCCGGCGCGGAGACGGCCAAGGUGCCCCUCGCGGAGCUGCUGAGCGCGGGCGUCAAGCAAGAGCCGGUCGAGGUCUCCUUUGGCGAGGGGCUGUCGCUCAAGCUCGAGGUGGCGGGCUUCAAGGAGAAGAAGGGGUGGUGCCAGUGCUGGUAA